AUGAGGAACGUUAGAGAGACAGGGAUAAAUCGUCCCUACGUGAUGAGGAAAGACAAUCUGUAUGACGCCCUUCCCAAGCAUCUGUGUAUGAACCAACCGGACCACCACUAUGGGUUCAAUACAUAUGGAGGAGGAUACCGCGCUUCUGCAGGCGGAGCCCUGCUAAAGGGGGGCACGCCAAAUGGGGCCCAAGGCAUUCCAACCGCCCAGAUAAACAGUUUGGCUGCAUUUAGGAUGGGUAAAAUAGCAAGUCACCAAGUGGAUUGGGGGGGAAGAAGUUACGAUGAUAGUACUAAGGAGAACCUCGCGGGAGGGUCGACGUCUUUACUGCAUCUGUAUGAUAGUGCAAUGAAUUGGAGCAAUAGCAGGAAAUUUGUGAACCCGUCGACUGGGCACUCUUCAGGGGUGGAGUUUCCAAUGUUGUAUCAUUUGAGGGGGGAGGCGAAUAGCACGAUGGGGGGGAGGAGAAUUGGUUUGAAUGCACGAGGAGAACAUUCCAGUGGGAGGAGUGUAAGUGAGUUGUCUCAUCACAACCAGAGGGUCCAGAAGAUGAAGGAAUCACAUGGCGAGUAUUUCCCCCUGGGGAUGCAACACACCAAACGAACAACUUUAUUGAAUAGUAAUUUUAUGGGAUCUCCUGAACAGAGCAUACGUGGAGAGGCUCUUCAUUCUUGGUGGGACCAAAGAGGCAUGGGUAGUCCCUCAAGAGAGGUUUCCAAUGGGUACCCCCUUCCAGGUGUUCGGUACAACAAAGUGGAAUCUUCUCCAAAAGGGAUGAUGGGCGUGGUUCUGGUUCCAGCCAAUGGGGAGACAAAAAAUGGGUUCACGAAAUGGAAUCAAAAUGGGAAGGAAAUAGAUGCAGGAUUGAUUCACAAGUGCAGCAAUGGUCAAUUGAGCAGAACAUCGGAAUAUAGCUAUAAGGAUGUUGAACCCAUAAUGUAUGGUAGCAUGGCCCAGGGAAGUACCUACCCUGACGAUGUAUCCGUAGAGAGCCUACCGAUGAAUAGUUCUCCCUGGUGGAGCAACGAGGGGUUUGUUCAAGCAAAGGAUAACAACCAUUUCACUGCGUUGACGGUAGAGGGGAGGAAUUACCGCAGUGAUGGACAGUCGUAUGAUCAAUCUGAUAUUAGAAGGCUCUCAGGGGAGAAUCUCCAAAGGGGUGUUAUGAGUAAAUUGGAAGAAGGGCGCUACACAGAUGGGCUGGAGAGUCUCGAUUCGAUACCCCCUGUCGGAGCGGCGAUGAAUUCGUUGGGGAAACCUAUCGGUGGGGCAGCUUCUUUGUCUAAUGAAGAAACUGUCUUUGAGGAAGACGGAAGCAGGCUCACCCAGUGGAAUUACAACAAGGGUGAUUUCACGGAAUGGAUUUCGCACAACCGAUUGCUGAAGAACAUAAUUUCGUCGCACAAGGAGGAUGGUCUCGUUGAGGGACAUGUGUUGUAUAGCCUCCUGUUCGACGCGUAUGGACAGAACAAAGAAACGUUCCGCAGCUAUGUGAAGGGAGAUCACGACAAGAGCAAGAUGAGCAUGGACGAAGAGAUUGGGGAAGUAAUUCAUGAGAUAAGAACAAAUAAAAAGAAAGAAGAAAGAAAAAAAAGUAACAGAAUGGUAGAGAAAAUCAUCUUCUUAAAGUACUUAUUCAAUCAAUAUGCACAUACAGAUUAUGCGAACUUCAUUUCAUUCAAAUGUUUUAAGAAAAUGUUUGAGGAUUACAAAAAUGUGUUUUCUUCGGAGAAGAUUAUCCUCUUUAUUUUCAACUGUCUGGACCGAUGUAGGAGGUACUACGUUAGCGAAUCGGAUUUCCUUAUUGGUAUGUUGGCGUGUAGUCCACAGAUGGAAAACGAUAUUACCAAGGACACAGGGAAAUUAAGGCAUCAACUGAUUUUUAGGGCAUAUGAUCUGGACAGAGAUGGAUAUUGGAAUAAGGAGGAAGUGUUUGUGUUCCUGUACCAUCUGUAUGAGUUGUCAAAAAAUAUGAACCAAAUGGAACUUAAGGGGAAUAAGAAGAAGAUGAAGAAGUUUGUAGCUGUAGAACGGGACAAAUUAAUGAACACCUGCGAGAAGAUUAGUUAUGAUAAAUUUUACAAACUUGUUUUGGAUGGAAAAAUUGAAGGCACGGAGAAUCUUCUUAGGUCCAACUGCGAUGUGGCUAGCGUUGUGAAGACAUACUUUCUCUAUACCUACGCGGGGGGAAGUAGCCUCACCAUGUCGAUUGAUACAGGUGCUAGUGGCAAUGCCGAUUCAAGUAAUGUGCAGGAGGAUGGACAGAUCGAUCGGGAGAAGUGUGAAGAAGGGGAAGAGACUGUGAAUCCCGUGGAAAAGACGCAGUUGGAAGGUAGGAACACGCAGCAGAGCAGUUAUAUAGAAUUCAGUGGAGAGUCUACCACGGGGGAUCCGAAUUCGGAGGAGGCUCCGCAUAUAAGCGCUACUUCAAUUAAGGGGGAGGAUGAGCCUGAAGAGGGGGAAGCUGAGGAGGUAGUGCAGAAGAGAUCGGUGGAUGGAACAAGCAGUUCGAAUAACACGGAAGGGGGGAAAUCCGAGGAUCGCAUUGAGGUACAAUCAGAGGAGAAACCGCAGAGUGACGAAGUAGCAGUGGUAGGAGAGGAACCCCCUUGUGGCCACGGGAGAGAGUCCCAGAAGGUGAGUGACCUGAAUAGCGCUGAUGGGAAGGACGAGGAGGUUGGCCUAGGGGAAGAGGAAAAAGUGGAGAAGUGCGACAUGCCAAGCGGUGUGUCGGACCAAGUAUCAAACGAUGUGUCGAAGAUUGUGCCAGACGAAAUGACAAAGGAUGUGUCAAACAAUGUGGUGGAAGGGCGAGAGGCAAAUGCUGAUCUGAGCGUGCCCCCCGAGGAGAAAACAGACAAGGCAGCCAUUGGCGAUAGUAUACCCCAUUUAGGGGAAGGCCAAGAUGAGGAGUGUGCACACAAAGAUAACCUAGUCGAGGAAGAAGAGCGUGCUAAUCCGAUCAGACCUGAACGCAGUUGGAGAAGUUGCGUGGAAAAGAUAAAGGAAAUAGUCAAAGCAUACAGAAAAAAGUAUCUAACGGAGAAGACAAGAUUGUUUGGACUGAACCAGGACAUAGCGUUUAAAAUUUUCACCGCCUUUUACAAAGUGAGUUAUAAAAGAAAGAGAGAGAAGUACAUUCGACAGUUUGAUCAUCUAUGCACAGGUGCAUGUACCUACAACGAUAUCAUCCUUCUGUGUGAUGAAGCCGUGAAGGUAUUUAAGGGAGAAGAUACCAUUGAGUAUGUGGAUCUCCCUUGUAAGGUUUUUGGGGAUUUACAUGGAAGUAUUUUCGAUCUCUUAGACUUUUUCAACAUGUACAAUUGGCCCAUGCAUGGAGAAACGAACGAAUGGUUGAACGUGGAGGAGGUCUCUGCUACAAAUGAAGUGUCUCUCAGAUCCAAGAACUCAACCGACCCUUUCCCAUAUGUAGCUAGUCACGAUAAAGAUAUAAAAUAUAUUUUUUUGGGGAAUUAUAUAAACAGGGGGGAUUAUUCACUAGAAGUUAUUUGUCUGUUGCUAAGUUUGAAGAUUCUUUUCCCAAAACACAUAUACCUGCUAAGGGGGAAUCAUGAGGAAAGGUUAUUUAAUUACGUUCAUGGGUUCUAUGGAGAUAUAGAGAAGAAGAUGGAAAGAAAUAUAAAAAGAGGAGGGUUGAUAAGAUACCAAGGGGAGGUGAUACAAGCUCAUGCAUAUGAAUUAUUCAAUCGGAUUAAUGAUGCGUUGGAGUUUCUACCUCUGUCCGUGUUAGUAGGUCAAAGCAUACUGUGUGUACAUGCAGGUAUUGGAGACAGCCUGGAAAACAUAGAAGACUUUUCCGAUGUCCAUAAACCAAUUGUGGUCCCGCAAUGUGUAGACAGAACAAGCAAAAAUGAAUAUGAACGUGUUCAGAAAAUAAUUAUCGACACAUUGUGGUCUGAUCCGAUAAAUUAUGAGGAUGAAGAAGAUAUGCUUCUUUUGGAAAAAGUAAAACCAGGGGGAGAUACUAUUCCUUCAAGUAGAGGGGAAAUCACACUAAAAUUUGGACAAAGGAGAUUGUCUUGUUUUUUGAAGAAAAACAAAUUGAAGAUGAUUAUUCGAGGGCAUGAGUGUGUGCAGGAGGGGUACAGAUACAGCUAUAAUCGGCGUCUGCUCACUUUGUUCUCCGCCAAGAAUUACUGCAACAGCCACGGGAACGAUGCCGCUAACGCAUUUAUUGUUAAGAGGGGAAAGAACAUUGCAAUUUUUAAUCAAAUUUUGAAGUGUCCACGAGGGAGACAGCUAGAAGGGAUACAUCAUGGAGAGGAAGCGACAAGUGGACCGGUAGAUUCGACGAACAAAGUGAUUGUGAAUCGGAAUGGUUUCAUGGAUGAAUCCGAUCCAAUGAUGGAAGAAGAAGAGGAGGAAAUGGAGGGACAAUCAUGUAGGAAAGUAGACGAGGGAGUUACUCCAUUUGGCCCCAAUGAGAAGAACUUCAUAUCUGAAUGGACGGAUGCAGUAGAUAAGGCCUUGUGCAACUCGGGUGUGGAGGGGAAAGAUGAUCUGCAGAGCAACCACAUCCUGAGGGAUAGCCAUUCAAUUGUGAAAAGGAAAUUGCGAGACACGAGGAGCAAUGAAGAUAUGAAAUGGGGGGUAUCUAUGCAGUUGGAAAAAAGGGAAGGAGCUCAUCGUAUGGGCGGCCAUGAUGGUGAUGGUGAUCGUGAUGGUGACUAUGCUGAUGGACAGUUUCUGAUAGACUCGUGUAAUAGCAUAAAGGAUGACCAUUCCAAUGGAGACGCCAGAGGUGAUAACUUUGAAGGAGGUACACUAAGGAAAAGCAUCAGUACGAAUGGAACCUUCUCAUCGGAAGAGGGCCUCUAUGGCGGGUGUUCAAAUGGGAGCAACGGAAGAAACUACACUGGAGAGAUGCUCUCCUCCAAACAAUAUCAUUUCAAAGGUGAUGGUUUGGAGAAGGGGAAAAUCCAAAACACUGAGAUUGAAAGGGCACAUAACAGACAAAGUCGUAAAUCCCAUUUGAAGGGAGAUGCAUAUUGGGAAGAGAAAUACCUUUACGACGAUUACCAAGGAUAUUUGAACAAUGUCCCCGACGGAGACGGUUUGAAAAAUUCCCCUUCUGAUGAACGGGCUAGCAGCGAUGAACUCCCAUGUGAGGGUCAAACGGAACAAGACAGUCGAGUGAACACAAAUGCCAUCAUCGAAAAAUUUUUCCAACAGGGAAGAAGAGAUUAUGCCAGUGGUGAGUAUAUCUAUACAGACCAUUUGGAGGAGAAGGAAGUGGAAAUGGGGGGCAAUUUAAAUCAUUGCCAAAGUGCAAAGUUAACUCCUUUGUCAAAGCAAACAAAUGAUGUGAAUAUACGGAGAGGAGACGAAGGAGGGGAGUGGGGGGAUAAUGGAAAUUGUGCAAAACUGAUGGAUGAGCUGAUGAGUAAACCGAUGGACUACAUGAUGAUGCCGCCCGACUUGGGGCUGGUUAAUAGGCCAAAGUUGCGAAGGGAUACCCAUUCCCAUCAGCAGAAGAAAGAGCAGGGCUCCGCCACACUGCGGAGUUUGCGAAGUUUGAGGAGCGAAAACAACACGAGCGAGCCGCUCACCAAGCUACAAAUGCAGUAUUUGCCGCCUGACCCGAAGCCGCAGACAAAGAUUUCGCUUCAAAAAAUUAUUGAUAAAUUCGACGACGAUGCGUAA